AUAUUUUUGAGAUAUGGUUUAAUUAAUAAAUGCUUCAUAUUGCGAAUCAUAACGCACAUGUGUAUGUGUGCGAGGCACUACUUCUCAAUACAGAUAUAAUAAUUAUUUCACUUUUUGUUAUAUACGUAUGUAUAUACAUGAGUUUUUUCUUGCUCUUUUACAUAUCUCUUAUUUCUUGUUAACUAUUAUAUAUGCAAGAUACAAAAAAAUAAAUGCGUGUGUCGUGUGCAAAGCAGACGCACGCUUUAUGGCUAACAUCAAUCAAUACAUAACAAUUAAAAAAAAUGUAUUCAAGACAGUUUCUCUUAAAUAAAUAUAAAUUUCUCUUGAAUAAUGUAUAUAUAUAUAUACACACACACACACAAACUUGAUAUCCAAUCCGACCUUUGUAUUUGACGCAAACGGUUGGUUGUAUUGUUUUGUCAUCUCUCUUUCCAAAUAGAAGAACAAAAAAUGUAUACAAAAACAACUGCUCAAAAUUUGACUUUAAACAAAUAAAUAUUGCAAAUACACAAAUACUUCUAAUGGAAAUUGUAUCUUGUAGAGGCAAUACUUUUAGCGCUGUUUUCGAACUUAAUGAUUCAAUGACCCGAUCAAGAUCAAAUAUACACAAGAGUUAUUGACUAUAAAAGAGAAUAAAACAUUUGUCUGUGAUCUUAUCUAUCACUAUAUUGCACUGCUAUACUUAUUCUAUUGUGUUGUUACUUACAAAAAAAUAUUCGACAUAGUCAUCUGAAACAUUGUUAUGCAAAUGCAUAUUGCAUAAUAUAUAGCAAGUCUACAGCAAAACAUCGGAAAUGUAGCUAAUUCUAAUGCACACCAUCUCGGUUCGUGUGGUCUCAAUAUGCAGCACUAUGAACUUUGUCCUCUUCUUUUUCUCCACGUAUUAUUUCCCCUUCUCUCCUUCGUCGAUUCCCUCGCGCUCCUCACCCUCUAUCGCGCGGUACUAAUAAUACGGCGUCGCGUAAGAAGGGGAUCCCGACCGAAAGGCAUUCCUCGUCAGUGAGAGCGCGCGACUCGCAUUAUCGGCGUCGUGCGGCAAAGGACGGACCACCGCGUGAAACGCGGAUAGAGAGACGAGGAGCGAUUUAAUGAGCGAGCGGCCAACUUAACUGAAUUUAACAGAGAGACGAGACUAGAGCAAGCUUUGAGGUACGCGAUUGAAAGUCGCAUAAGCAUCGCUUGGCGCGACGAUCAGAAUUUUUACCAAGCCGAGCGCGCGAACACGGAGGGAGCCUAGUUUCACUUCUAACCUGAAUUCGACACGGCGUGCGCGUGUCCAUGUGUAUUACUUUGAUAUCUAUCACCUGCAUCGCCGACGAAGAUCCACGCAAAAGUAUAUUUGAAGAUAUCGCGUGCGAAGAAAGAUUGCGCAUAUUCACUUCUAUAUAUUCCGUCUUCUGAUUGUUCUUGAAUCCAACUAAAAGGAAAUGGCCGGAGCAAAAAUGUGGCCGAAGGAUGUCGGUAUCCUGGCGCUGGAACUCUACUUCCCGGGGCAAUACGUGGAUAUGACGGAGCUGGAGAAAUACGACGGCGUUUCGCCCGGUAAAUAUACGAUCGGUCUGGGUCAGACUCGAAUGGCUUUCUGUAACGAUCGCGAGGAUAUCUACUCGCUCUGUCUGACGGUGACCCAUCGUCUACUGGAGCGGUACAACGUGAAACCGCAGGAAAUCGGUAGAUUGGAAGUGGGCACGGAAACUCUUCUCGACAAGAGCAAAUCGGUCAAGAGCGUGCUGAUGCAGCUGUUCCAAUCGUACGAUUGCACAGACAUCGAAGGAGCGGACACCAUAAACGCCUGCUACGGCGGAACAAGUGCGCUCUUCAACGCCGUCAACUGGAUAGAGAGCAGCUACUGGGACGGCAGAUUGGCCCUGGUUGUGGCGGGCGAUAACGCGGUGUACGCCGCUGGUAGCGCGAGACCCACCGGCGGCGCCGGUGCGAUAGCCAUGCUGGUGGGUCCGAACGCACCUUUGAUUCUCGACCGCGGUCUUCGCGCGUCCUGUAUGAGACACAAUUACGACUUCUACAAACCGAAUCCGAACUCGGAAUAUCCCGUUGUAAACGGCACUCUGUCGAUACAGUGUUACUUUAGCGCUCUAGAGAUCUGUUAUCAACUCUACCGCGAGAAAGCACAGAAAAUGAAUCCCGGCCAAAGUCCCGUAACGUUGGCCAGCUUCGACGCGAUGCUCUUCCAUUGUCCGUAUACUAAACUCGUGCAGAAGGCGUUCGCCAGAUUAAGCCUAAUUGAUUUUCUUAAUACGCCGAAGGAUCAAGUUUCCGAUAAGUUCGAGGUCGCGGAAAAGUAUCGCGAUGUCAAACUCGAGGAUUCCUACUUCGACAAAGAUCUCGAGAAGCUUUUCGUGCGAUUCAGCAUGGAUGACUUUAAUCAGAAGACGAAGUGUAGUUUGAACAUACCGCAGAAUGUUGGAAAUAUGUAUACUCCUUCGGUAUACUCCUGCUUAGUGUCGUUAAUCGUAAAAACACCGUUGAAUGAAUUAGCAGGUCAGAAAAUCGGUAUUUUCUCUUACGGAUCAGGUUCGUGCUCCAGCAUGUACUCGCUGUCAGUAACAAAAGAUACAGGAGAAGAUUCCGGGUUGUUAAAACUAGUUAACGCGCUUUCUUACGUCUUACCGCACCUGGAACGCCGUCGUAAAACCCCUCCCUCGGAAUAUGUGGAAGUGUUAGAUGAGAGAGAGAAAAAUUGUUACGUUGUGCCAUUCGUGCCGCAAAGUAGCAUUGCUGACAUGUUUCCUGGAACAUAUUAUUUAACAGGGGUAGACAAACAGUAUAAGAGGACUUACGAAAGAACAUAAGAUGAACAUAUAAUUUAGAUGAUCUAUAGUUAAUUUUUCGAAUUGUAAUGGUAUAACGGCAAUUAAAUCGUGUGGAAUUCUUAGAAAAUUAUAUAAUUAUAAGAGUGAAAACAAAUAUAUAUAUAUAUAGUAUACAUAUAUCAGGUAUUUUUCUCAGGCAAGAGGUGUUAUUAUUACUUUAAAACUUGAUAGAGAGAAGAAAUUCUUAUUUGCAAUGUUUUCGCGAUCUUCACUAUUACCUUACAUCGUCAAUAAUAAUACUUUCAAAAUAUAUUUGUUGAAAUUACUCUGUUAUUGCUAUAUCUUAUUAGUAUUUUUAUAAAUUUAAUAACAUAUUUAUAUAUAAUAUAAAAUUAGCAUAAAAAGUGCCUUAUGUAUACAGUGCUUUUAUAUGAAAGAAAACACUUAGAUAUAUAAAAAUGAUAAAAUUUUCAUGUAUGAGAGUUUUAUUAUUUUUAUAAACCUAAGUGUUUUUAUAU